UGUCUGGAAGGAGGAGACAUGGAGGCUGUGAUUGGACUGUUGCUGAAGCUGCUGGGAGUCUCUCAUGCAACCCGCCUCUGUCAAACUGAGUCCUCACUGCAGUCUGCAGGAAGAUUCAAGAGGACACACAGCAUCCUGAGGAGGAACAAGCCAUGCGGCCAUCCAUCUCUGUGACUCUUGAGCCCGGGUUGGAGCGAGGUGUCCCUUGGGGUCGUGACCUCUACACCUUUGUGACCUCAGCAGCAGGUCACAUGAUGAGGACACUUCAGAAGCCUCGCAAGAACCGACCGUCCAAACGACAGGUCAACCAUCGGCGCUUCCUGCACAACAUGAUUCAGAGAAAGUUCGCUGACAUAGAAGCAGCAAACCACCGGCUGGCAUCCGCUCUUUAUUUUAAGGAGGAGGGAAAAAACGGGACCACUCUGGCGUCAGAGGUGCCUGAGACACCUGACCGCUCAGGUAGCCCCCCUCCAGGUGAAUAUCUACAAGAUCCUGAUAAAUGCAGCGGUCACACGGUUGCAGAUGGCAUCUCCAAGUCGAACUGUGACGUCUCUCUUGGCUCUCAUGAGGCUGAGAUCAGUGAAAAUGGGGAGCUGGACUCGGGACAUCUUUGGAAACAACACCCCAGAUCACAGCCCCCCAACCGAAGCAAAGGUGGGCAGAAUAAAGGGAGUAGAAAUCCCAAACUGGUUGAAGCCAUGUCUAUGAGCUCCCCUUCAAAUAAUCACCAUGAGGCAGAGCUCUUUCCUACCGAGUCUCGUGAUGAUCAGAGUCCAUUAAAGUCAGCAAACAGCCUCUCCAACGACUCUCAAACAGCUCAACAGGAGUCUGGUUUCAUCCACAAUGUGGACACGUCCCCCGUUUUCUCUCCACAGCUCUCGCCGCUGUCUCUUGACUCUUGCGACUUCAGGGACACCUCAACCUGCACAGACGUCCAGAGGAACAUUGCUGACAUCUCAGAGGCUCAGUGGACGGAUAUCUUGGACUUUUUCAGUGUUGGCACCAUGGAAUUAGGAAGCUGUGUGGACGUGGAAGCCUAUUUUGAAAGUAUCUGUGCAUGUCAGGGGGAGGCCGGGCAGGAAGCCGCCGCUGAGGUGGAGAGUCUGCACUGCGAGGCAGGAGAGUGCAGAUACGAUUAUGGAUACAGCUGUCACGCAGAUCAGGGUCUGACCAUUAACCACUUCCUGAGACAAAACGAAGACGCUCCAGAGACACAGUUGAACAGCUUUAAGCCGCCUGGCAUCAUCAACCAGCUCCAAACAUCAGUCGGCCUCCACUGCGACGCCUCUGAGCUGCAGACAUACCCGCGGGAGGAAAGUUCCUGUAUGCUGGUUAACAACCAAAACUUUAGACCGUUCGAGGGCGUCGCUCAGUCAUUCUCUGCCCCGCUUCUUAUUCCCGAGCAUCGUCCCAUACCAACCCCGCCACACGAGGACGACUGGCUGUUCACCGACAUCUUGAAGGACAGGAAGUCACUUGACUUUUGAAGGAGUAGUGGAGAGAGGCGCAGCAUCUCUUCUUCGCUGAGGUGGUUAAACAGAACUAUGAUGUGUCCUUUGGAUUUCUUGCUCCUUAUUUGAAUGUCUGAACGUCUUGAUUUGAGUGCAGUUACAAAUCUGUGGUUUUGACAGCCUGAACUCUGCAGGAGCUUUUCAGGAUGUGCUCUACAAGUCCACAACUCUGGUUAAAUCUUGGAGCGGUCAAUUUGCAAGUGCUGUGAAAAUGGAGAAGGAACCAAGCAACCAGGAGAAACAUAUCGUACAUUUGUGUGUCUUUCAGUGUGCUUCGAAGCUGACAGGCUCUUGAAUUUCUAAUGUCAAACAUCUUUGAUUCAUCAAAGUGACUUGAUGAGUUUGAUCCAUGUUUUUCUCUGUUUCACUUCACACCCAAACCUUUUCUUUUCCUGACAGGUCUAAUAACCACGAGGCUUUCAGACACCCACAGUAGCUCUGAGCUCUUAUUUAAAUGGAGGCGCACUGAAAGGAUAUGCAAAUAUAACUGUAAUUAGUCUUCGCUUGUCUUCUUGGGUUUUCUUCCCACAAAAAGAAUUGUGACUUGUGGAAAAAAAGGAUAUAAACUGAACUACACCCACAAGUCUUUUAAUUUGCUCGAGAUUUAACCGCAAAUUCAAGAUCAAGGACUGUUUUUAUCUUCGACGAUGUACCAGUCUCAAUCUGAGUAUCGAUUACAGUGAUAUUAAUGCCUGAGUAUAAUAUGUUAAUGCUUAAAGUAAUGAUAAAUGUUCAUAAUGCCAAUAAAUUGUGUUGACGAAUGCCGUUAUAAUGUUAAAAACUCUUCUUUUAUAAUGUGUGUGUGUUUUGUCAGUAUCAGUGAUGGAGAAAGUAUAAAAUAUUCCCUAAAAGUGGCAAUACUGCGGUCUAAAAACAUUCCAUUACAAGUCAUGCAUUGAAAAUGUUGCUUCAAAUACAGAAACAUUAUUAGAAUACACUUAAAGUAUCAAGUAAAAGUACUUAUAAUGCAGAACAACACACUACACAAGACAGUAUGCUAUUGGGGUAUUAUAUAGAAAUACUCAAGCACAGUACAAGUGUCUCAAACUCCAGUACAGUACUUUAUGAAAGUACUUAGUUCCUUAGUAUGUGUGCAUGCCCAGCUUGUGAUCCCAAAGAAACACACAGAAACACAAAGAUCAAAACCAACGACAUAUAUUAAAGGUAACCCCAGUCAGAUGUUUUAUAAUCACAGCGUCAUUACCAAAAAAAAAAAAAAAGGCUAAAACAUUAAAACACAUUUGUCCAAAAUGUUUCAAGUUGCACAGUAGCCAUAAACGAACACACAGAGAAAAAUAACACCUCAGAGAAGCACCAGCCUCAUCUCUUGCUACAGACGAACAGACCUCAUCUGUUCUCGUUCCAGCGGUCCGAGCCACGCGUCUUCAGAUUUGGGUCUAUCAAGGCGCCAACCUAGUCGCCACGUUUAAGCGCUGAUACGACAUUCUGAGAUUACGACAUUUAAGUUCAGAGUGACGGACUGUAUCGUGGUGACACGUGAUGUCAGCUCAUUUGGCUUAAUGCUGUCGGCCUCUUUGAGAUAUAUUACAACUCGUCAGAAGGGACGUUAACGUGCCGACACUGUCCAGCUGUGUUUACCUCCACUGGUCAUGUGUAAAGUGCAGCAUUUACACAACAUCUUUAAAAAAAACAAAGCGUCAAACAAAUCCUUUGCAUAUUGCUAAGAUAAAAGAAUUAUACAUAGAGAAAAUAAAAAAUAAAACCCUUUAAUAGGGCGUUAAAUAUAUGUCGUCAGUAGUCAAACUCUGUCUUGACCCAACUGGUUCGAUAUUUCUUCACCUGAAUCAUGGUGAACCUGGCAUGGUGGAAGUGAAAGCUUAACAAGUCUGAAGAUAUGGAUACACAUGGGACGUACUGUAGUCAUAAUCAACACAUUUGUUCUUAUUUUGUCCGUGCAGGUCUUGACUUUGCAUUGUUUGACUAAACUUCAUAAUAAUAAGAGGAGGGAGCAGUGAUGACAACCCUGUUUACCGAAAACUACUAGACUGGUCAUUAACAGUAAACAAUAAUGUGAGAUUAUAUAUAUAUAUAUAUAUAUAUAUAUAUAUAUAUAUAUAUAUAUAUAUAUAUAUA